ACAUCUUCGCCGGUGCGUGACGUUUCGGUUGUCAUGCAAAAUCCCAUAGAAUUAGAACCUUGCAAUGAUUCUGAAUCGUCAAGUCCUAAUCAACAAGGUGGACGUUCUCAUUCUUCUAAUGGAAGAAAAGUACGAAAACGUCGGAAAGCAUCCGGAAGAUUGGUCCAUUUUAGUAGCGAUUCCAACGACCAACUCGACGCAUCGCGAAGUGAAUUUCCCGAUCAUCAACCCGCUAACGAAGACCGCUUAUCACCACAUUCUCAACCGUCCGAUGGUUCGGACAGUACGAAACUAAACAUAGCCCGCCGCCUUCGCCCCCGACCACCCGAAGCAAUGGUGCGUUAUUCUGCCACGCGUCCAUAUCGUUCAUCCCUCCAAUUCCCUCCUCGGAAGCACGAGAGAGGUCGUCGGAAAAAGCGCAAGUUAAGAGCACGUCUUCUACGAUCACCUUUGAGAAGUCAACGUACAAUCACACGUGGCUCGCGGCUCCGUAGCAUGGAGUCGACUGCCGAUGAAGCCGUUGAUUCAGAUGAUGACAGGCAUCCGGAUGAAGAGNUGAUACCCGACGUUAUCCCAUACGCAAUCGAAGACAUACAACUGUUUAUCAAAGAUAAAGCUACACUAAACGACCGCUUGUUAUCUGGCACAAGUUUGGCUGAUAUAGAUCCAAUGACUUUGGACGAGUCGGUGGGAUUUGAUCAGAUCGGCGGCCAUGAUGGAUAUAUAUUGGCACUGAAGGAGAGUGUUAUUCUGCCGUUGAUGUAUCCGGAAAUAUUCUCCCGUUUCGGAAUAGAUCCACCACGGGGUGUCCUCUUUUCGGGGCCACCAGGAAAACACUUCCGCCACGAGAAGACACCCGNAGCCCGUGCUUUGGCCAAUGAGUGCACACGCAUGACUAACUCCGUUUCAAACCAGGGUAACCAGGUCAGUCGACGUCCCAUCGCGUUUUUCAUGCGAAAAGGUGCUGAUUGUCUGUCCAAAUGGGUUGGUGAAUCGGAACGUCAGCUUCGUCUGCUGUUUGAUCAAGCCUACCGAAUGCGACCGUCUAUCAUAUUCUUCGAUGAAAUUGAUGGCUUGGCUCCAGUUCGUUCUUGUAGACAGGAUCAGAUUCACUCCAGUAUCGUGUCUACAUUGCUCAGUUUGAUGGACGGUCUGGAUCAGCGUUCUGAGGUCGUGGUUAUCGGGGCCACGAAUCGCCCGGAUUCCAUCGAUCCAGCCCUAAGACGUCCUGGACGAUUCGAUCGGGAAUUCGCAUUUUCUUUGCCAUGCCAGUCUGUCCGAGAGCGAAUUUUACAAGUACACACUGCAAAGUGGAAUCCCAAACCAUCCGCUGAAUUGUUGAAGCGAUUGGCUCAAGCAACUAGUGGCUUCAGCGGUGCUGACUUGAAGGCCUUAACUACCGAGGCCUGUCUGUGUUGCUUACGUCGACAGUAUCCUCAGGUCUAUCGAAGCCGUGUCAAAUUGGCUUUGGAACAGAAAUACUUAGUGGUCAGUCCUGAGGAUUGGAUUUGCGCACUGCGACUGGUGCGACCCUCAAAUGACCGUGGCGAUGCGAAUCUCGCAAACGGUAUGACUCCCUCGGCCAGUUCGCUGUCCGCCACUAAACGGACCGUGCUCGCACCUCACCUGGUUCCAUUAUUGUCAUCCACUGUCCAUCGGAUUGUGGAUCUGCUUCGUACCGCACUGUGCUCGAUGAACCCAACUUUAGAGGCUCAUACGCAGACAGAUACGGUACCCCGUUGGUCCUCGAAGUUACUGACCAGCUCCAAAUUGCUCCUCACUGGCGAUUUGUCUGAUCAUAUAAUAUCUGCAGUUUGGCAACAACUAGAAUCAGUCCAGGCAGACUAUAACGCCUACUCGUGUUAA